UCUGCCGCUGCCGUUCCUGUCGGAGUUAUCCGGCGGCGCACCCUGACAUGGCUGCGCCGAUACUGAGGUGUGUUCGUGAGCAGCUGAAGCGUGUUACCUUUGUGCCAGUCCCGCGGAGACAUCGACAUAAGAAGAAAUGGGCUGCCACAGAGCCCAAAUUCCCUGCCAAUCGACUGGCUCUACAGAAGUUUGACAUGACUUACAGUGUGCAGUUUGGGGAUCUUUGGCCAUCAAUCCGCAUCAGUCUCCUUUCAGAGCCAAAGUAUGGUGCUCUGGUCAAUAAUUUUGCUGCUUGGGAUAAUGUGAGUGCAAAGCUGGAGCAGCUGAGUGCCAGGGACUUUGUGAAUGACGCCAUGUCUCACUGGGAACUGGAACCUGAGAGUGGCCACUCUUCAGCUCCAUCCUCAGCCUGCAGUCCUAACCUCCAAUGCUUCACUUUUGCCAGAGGGAAUGUCAGUCGCUUCCCUCCUGCCAGACUUGGCAACUUGGGUGUCAUGGACUACUACUUGCUGGAUGCUGCCUCCUUGCUACCUGUCUUGGCUCUUGGUCUGCAGCCUGGUGACAUUGUGCUUGACCUGUGUGCAGCUCCUGGGGGAAAGACAUUAGCAUUACUUCAGACUGGCUGUUGCCGCAAUCUCGCUGCCAAUGAUCUUUCCACUUCCCGGACAGGCGGACUACAGAAGGUCCUUCACAGCUAUGUGCCUCAAGAUAUCAGGGAAGGAAAUCGAGUUCGAGUCACCUCAUGGGAUGGCAGGAAGUGGGGAGAACUGGAGGGGGAUACCUAUGACCGGGUGCUGGUGGAUGUGCCAUGUACCACAGACCGCCACUCCCUUCGUGAGGAAGAGAACAACAUCUUUCAGCGGUCAAGGAAGAAGGAGCGACAGAUGUUGCCUAUGUUGCAGGUGCAGCUUCUUGCGGCUGGACUACUUGCCACCAAACCAGGAGGCCAUGUUGUCUAUUCCACGUGUUCACUCUCACACUUACAGAAUGAGUAUGUAGUGCAAGGUACCAUGGAGCUUCUGGCCAAUCAAUACAGCAUCAAGGUUCAGGUGGAAGAUAUGUCUCAUUUCCGAAAGCUUUUCAUGGACACAUUCUGUUUCUUCCCAUCCUGCCAGGUUGGGGAACUGGUAGUGCCAAACCUCAUGGCCAAUUUUGGGCCUAUGUACUUCUGCAAAAUGCAGAGAUUGACAUAGCAUCACCCUGUUGCCGAGGUUGGAAGACUUGUGUACUCUUGGAGGCACUGCAAACUGUCUCCAUGCUGUUCGAGUUUUUCUACAGAUAGUCUUAAGCAGUAGGAAAUAGGAAUUUGUCCUGCUGUCUAAUUGUGGAGUAUCAGCAGGUUUCUAACUCACACUCCCAACCCCUAUCUUCAAACCUAUACUAAAGGUUCCUGCUCCCUUAGGGGUUUAGAAGGAGAAACCAAUGAGCAAACCCACACUUUAAGCUAUAAACUUGGGAAGAAGCCAUUAGCCAAUAAAAUUGUUGAAGUGCUUUAGAGUUGGAGCUAUAGUUGGGGGCUCAUGUCAGUUCAAAUACUGUUAUAGUUCUGUUUGUACCAGCUGCAGCUAUUCAGCGUUUGUUCCACGAUGCCCAAGCCCAGGACCUUAUCCUCUGUACAACUUCCAGUUUUACACUUGAGGUGGAUUUCACCUAAUCAGCCAGCAGGCCUAGAUGAGCCAUCCUAGAUUCUCCAUGUGGCCCAUAAUCUAAUUUAAGGAGUGAGUAACUAAAACAUUUAAGCCAAUGCAUGAUUUUUUUUUUUCUGGUAAUGGUGGUGCUGGGGUUUGAACUCAGGGCUUCAUGCUUGCUAGAUAGGCGCUUUACCACUUGAGA